AUGAGCUGGAGCUUCCUGACGCGCCUUCUGGAGGAGAUCCACAACCACUCAACGUUUGUCGGCAAGAUCUGGCUCACCGUGCUGAUCGUCUUCCGCAUUGUUCUCACCGCCGUUGGCGGAGAGUCCAUCUACUACGACGAGCAGAGCAAGUUUGUGUGUAACUCAGGGCAGCCAGGCUGUGAGAACGUCUGUUACGACACCUUCGCCCCGCUUUCUCACGUCCGUUUUUGGGUUUUCCAGAUCAUCAUCGUGGCGACUCCCUCACUCAUGUACUUGGGCUAUGCCGUUAACAAGAUCGCACGAAUGGAGGAGUUAAAAGAGGGCGGGACGGGAGGCGGGGUUUCGCACCGCAAACCUAGGAAGCUGUAUCUGGGUGGGCGUCGACAGCACCGCGGCAUAGAGGAGGCUGAGGACGAUCAGGAGGAAGACCCCAUGAUCUAUGAGGUGGCAGAGAUGGAGAGUCACAGUGAGAGCGGUGCCCCCCAGGGAAGAGGAGCUGGAGGAGGAGGAGGAGGAGGAGGUGGAGGCGGAGGCAAAGUGCGACACGACGGCCGACAGCGCAUCCAGAGAGACGGCCUGAUGAAAAUGUACAUUCUACAGCUGCUGGCUCGCUCUGCCUUGGAGGUGGGUUUUCUUGGAGGACAGUACGCCCUCUAUGGCUUUGCUGUACCUGCCCGCUACGUGUGCUCCGGAAAGCCUUGCCCGCACAGCGUGGAUUGCUUUGUGUCUCGUCCCACGGAGAAAACCAUCUUUUUGCUCAUCAUGUACGGUGUUACCUUCCUGUGUCUGGUGCUUAACAUAUGGGAGAUGGUCCAUCUGGGUUUGGGCACCAUGUUGGACAUCCUCCGGGCCCGCCAUUGCCCGAACGAAGAAGAGGAGUACCAGCUAAUGUCUCUGGGAGCCACUGGACUGCCCGUGAACGAGGCUGGUAUGGGAGGAGUUGGGGGAGCGGGAGGCAGUUUCGGAAGCUACCCCUUCUCUUGGAACUCUGCCCCGUCUGCCCCGCCUGGCUACAACAUUGUGGUGAAACCAGAACAAAUGCAGUUCACUGACCUGAGCAACGCCAAAAUGGUGUGCAAGCAGAACCGCGCCAACAUCGCCCAAGAGGAGCAACGACAGCAAUACGGGAGCAACGACGAGAACUUUGCAGAUGGAGUCGGUGGCAGCGCGGGAGGAGGCACAGGGGUGCAAAGAGCAACGCUUCACAGAGAGAUCCAGCAGGCGCAGGAGAGACUGGAAGCUGCCAUCCAAGCCUACAGCCAGCAGACCCUACCCCAGAGUCACACUAAGGCCAGUAAACCUCACCGUGAGAGGAAGCACAGGGAGCGGUCAGGAGCCAAGCACGGCAACAGCAAAGGAGACAGAGGGAGUAGUAGCAACAGCAGCAAAUCAGACGAGAAGAAACCCUCAGUGUGGAUCUGA